CUUCACAUUUCUCCGAAAUAGCCAGUCUAAAGUGGAGGUAAGAGGUAACCCGCUGGUCGGCAGUGCCUCUUUCUGUUUUAUUACCUUGGACUCCAGGAGGACCGACUGACCCUGGUGAUAUAGAGCAGCCUGUUCCUCCAGAAGCCUCUCCCUUCUAAACACAGUCUCCUGUGGGUGCUGCUGCAACAACAAAAAUAAAUAAAAUGAAUUGAUUGCAUGAAUACAGGGCCGAAAAACUAGGUUUUGGGGGCCAGGGGGAAAGGUGGGAAGCCAACUAGCCCCAAUUUCAACUCUGCCCUCCAAGAACUUGGAGAAUAUCCAGUGAAGGGGCUCACUGGCAUUUGUGGCCCACGAAGGAAAAAGGCAAGCUAGGAAGAAGGGGGACCUCAUUUGGGUAAGUAGUAUAUGCUCUCACCACUUUCCUUCCUGGAUGGAGCACUGGGGACUCCUCGCUAUAUGGGCAAGGUCUGCCUUUGACUAGAAACACCCCUGGCCUAGGCACGGGCAGAAAGCUUGGCAGUUAGGUUAUUCAUUGCCUAAUUCAGUUCAGGCCAGUCAGAUUCUGGUAACUUUUGGGUGACCCUGAUGAAGACAAAGCCGGGACUCGGCCUUUGUAUGGGAGAGUCCCCCUCUGGCGAGCUGGAAUCCUGCCUGCUUGGGGUGUUCUGCCCAACUCAGAGGCUGUCCAGCCCACCCACCUUUUGAUGCCUUAAUGGGUAUGGGGAUUCUCACCCUCCCCCCCUUGACCUGUGAAGGCUUUGGGGAGCUGCUUUCAGGCAGGGUUGAGGGGAGAGAGCACUGAAGGUUAGCAAAGUCAGUGGCAGACAAAAACUGGAAUUACCUGCAGGGAGUGAGGGUACUGAGGGUUAGACCUGCAUUAACAUCUGGUGGAGGCCCUCAAAUGUGCCCCUGUGAGUCACUUGAUUACACGUAUGUUAUUUAGUUAAAUUUGUGAAAAUUAUGAGAUGCUCACCAACCCGGUGAUAAACUCGCUCCAUUGCUAUUGGCUGGCCUGGUCACGUGGCCAACCAACUUUAUUCAGUUGACAGCAAGUAGGAGGGCCCUAUGGAAGGAGAAAAAAAGACAACACGAGAAAAAUUAGUAUUUUCUACCUUCUGAAAUUAAUGGCCAUGAGUUCGUAUAUGGUGAACUCCAAGUAUGUGGACCCCAAGUUCCCUCCGUGCGAGGAAUAUUUGCAGGGUGGCUACCUAGGCGAGCAGGGCGCCGACUUCUACGGUGGCGGUGCGCAGGGUGCCGACUUCCAGCCCUCGGGGCUCUACCCACGGCCCGACUUCGGUGAGCAGCCCUUCGGAGGCGGCCCGGGGCCCGGCUCGGCGCUGCCUACGCGGGGUCACGGGCAAGAACCCAGCGGCCCUGGUGGCCACUACGGCGCCCAGAGAGAGCCCUGCCCAGCGCCUUCAGCGCCCCCGCCCGCACCCCUGCCGGGUGCCCGGGCCUGCAGCCAACCAGGCGGCCCCAAGCCACCGGCCCCCGGGACAGCACUCAAGCAGCCCGCCGUGGUCUACCCAUGGAUGAAGAAGGUGCAUGUGAAUUCUGUAAACCCCAACUAUACCGGCGGGGAGCCCAAGCGUUCCCGGACAGCCUACACCCGGCAGCAAGUCCUAGAACUGGAAAAGGAAUUUCAUUUUAACAGGUAUCUGACCAGGCGCCGUCGGAUUGAAAUUGCUCACACCCUGUGUCUGUCAGAGCGCCAGAUCAAGAUCUGGUUCCAGAACCGGAGGAUGAAGUGGAAAAAAGACCAUAAGUUGCCCAACACCAAAGGCAGGUCCUCCUCUUCUUCUACAUCGUCAUCGUCUUCCUCCUGCUCCUCCUCAGCUGCCCCUGGCCAGCAUUUGCAGCCUCUGGUCAAGGACCACCACACGGACCUGACGACCUUAUAGAAGUGGGGACCCUGGGCCCAUCCCUCCCUGUGCUCCCGGCUGAGCCGAAGCUGCGGGUGCAGGCCGGGCCUGCUGUCACCUCGCUGGGCUCUAAGGUACUGUGGGGUGGACCUGGGACACGCAGGCCGCCCUCGGACUAGGUUAGCAUCCUGCCCGAGGGCAGCCCCCUCCCUGGACCAGGGAUGGGGGUGGGAGGGGGGUGGGAUUCUCUCUCUAAGUAUAUUAUCAAAUGGCAGGAGCUACUGAGAACAUAAAACCUUGGAGAGUCAUUAAACU